AUGGCUUUUCGUGAUGUUACUAACGGAUUCACACCAAUGAGCACAGCGAUGCGAGCAUUGGAUAUUGGUGCUGGAAGAAGUAAAGGGCCGGGAAGUGCCGGCCGUUCCACGAUGGCCAUUGGAAGGAAAGGAGGAGCUUCUCAGGUUUCGAAGCUAAAGAUAUCAGUAUUUUAAUAAAUAAAUUAGGGACUCUCGUUGCGAAAAAGAGACAUGACCCCUACAAGAAACACGAACAUCGUGCCAAACGCUUCGAUGGUCGGCGAUCGAUUCCUUGGCGUUCGGAUGAAUGAAGACGAAUUUGACCGUGCAAAUCACCUUAUCAACCAUCACAUGCACGGAAAAGUGCUUAUAUUUUAAAAAAAAUUAUCAAAAACAGAAGAAAUUCAGUUAAAAUUUGAUAAUUUAGUUCUUAACUGUUAACUUUUACUUUAAAGACUUCGGUGUCGGUUUGAAACUUUGUUUAUUUUUCUAAGAGUUCUUCUGAGUCUUGAAAAACCAAAGAGAGAUUCUUACUUUUUUGCAUUAAGAAAAAGUUUUUGGUCAAGAGUACAUUACAAUUGGCAUGUUUUGACUUGAAAGCCAAUGAGUAGCUAGGUGGUUGAAUAAUCAAAAAAGCGUAAGUCUCAAGAAAAAUCUCAUUUUUUCCGCAGAAGGAAGACAGCUUGGACACGUCUCACUCGGCGCCGAACAGCCCGAAAAAGGAGCUGACCGAGGGCGACCGACUGAAAAGAAUGCUUCGGGCCAAGUCUUCCGGCAACAUCACCGACGCCAAGGAGGACGAACGAAUCCUUUGUUACAAGAAGAAUUUGGCGCCGCCGCCGGCCGUCGGCUACGUCAACCAGGCUAAGGUGUGACUGGAAGUUAGGAUCGUAGUCUGUCCCGAUUCGGAAUGUCAAGUCGUCGCUCGAGCUUCGCCCCUAAAUGCGCGAUGAACCAAUCAGAAGCGAGAGCGUUUUCGAAUGACGUCAUUCUACUUGAAAUUUAAAAUUUUUACAGUUUAUACUACUGUGAGAAAAGAAACUUAGAUUGUUCAAUCGGAGCUGAGUCAAUUUUCGAUUUCUUUAGAAAUUUCCUUUUUCCAGGUCCUCUACUCGGUCAGCGGAGUUAUAAAUCCGGCGUCUUCGGUGAAAAAGUCGAUUCGAAACGUUUCCCAAACGGCGAUCAAAGUUUUGGAUGCACCCGGCCUAGCAAGUACGAGGGUUUCGCGCCGAAUAAAAAAAAUUGUAAAAAAAAACGGAUGAAACGGAAAAUUAGAUUAAUUUCGAGACUCGAAAAUGUGAAAAAAAAACUUUUCUUUUUUCUAGCAGAAGAUUUUAAUCUUAGAGAGGAUUUUUUCCGUUCAAUGAACUUGAUAUGAGAAAAACUUUGAAAAAAAAAGUUUUAGAAGAAAAAAAUGUGUUUUCUUUCAGAAGAUUUGUACAGUCGCCAUGUUGACUGGGGCGUUCAUAAUUGGGUCGCCGUUGCCAUGACAAAUGAUGUAUAUUUAUGGAACACUGAAUCGGGAGAUAUCAAGGUAAUUUCAAAGAGAGAAUGUGGAAAAGUGGAUUUUUCUCCAGAACUUCUUCGAAGACAGUCCGCCGAUGAACGAGGGCGCUAUAACUGGCGUCAAGUGGAGCCACGACGGCAAAUAUCUGACCUUGGGUUAUGCCAGUGGCGCUGUUAAGGUGCAGAGAAUGGGUUUUCGUAGAUAAGACGGAAAUUUUUCUUUGACCCCAGAAGGAGCUGAAAGGGUUCCUCUAAAACCUCAUAUAUGAGGUUCAUACACAGGCGAAUCGAAAGGUACCAUAGUGUGUCCAUAGUGAGACCUCCGACAUACCUUUUAGAUAUAUCUGAGCUUUAUUGGAGGUACUUUAGAGUCUCUCAAGCCUCUCUCAUUUUGCUCAAAAUUCCAGAGUUUUUCUUUAAAUUUAGUCUGUCAUUUUUUUUUCAAAUUAUUCUAUUAUAAAGUCAUUUUUGUUAGUUUUGGCACCGUUUUUGACUCUUUUUUCUUGUCAGAUCUACGAUCCGAACCGUCCAAGAACUUCGACAAACGUUCGUGAACUGCGAACAUUACGAGUUGGUGGCGGACAGCGAUGCGGUUUUUCUAAAAGAAGUGGAAAAAUUGCUCAUUUCGAUAUUUUCAGCCGCGAUGGCUUGGCGAAAGAAUGGGAUUUUGACGACGGGCUACAAAUCGGGCGACAUUGUCAACCACGACGUUCGCAUUCAUAAUCAUGUCGUUUCGUUAGUUUUUCUCGAAGUUUUUUCAAUCUUAUGAUUUUUCGAAUAAAUAAUGAAGUCUAAAAGGUCAUUUUUUGCUUGUAAUUUUCGAGAAAGUUCCGUAGAAACUUGAGUUGAAAUGUUUUCCUCGAAAAUUCCUUUUUGUUAGAUUUAUGAGUUUUUCGGCUUAACUGCGCUCCCAAUUUCGACUUUUUAAAUCAGAAAACUGUCGAAUACGAAAAUAAUUUCAUUUUUUCGAAAGUUUGCUCUUCCAGGGCCUGGGGCGGCGAAGCGGGACAUUCUAGGGACGUGACCGACUUGCAAUGGUCGGCCGACGAGUCGAUGUGCGCUUCGGCGUCGGCUGACCGCACAGCCAAAGUCUGGGAGGAGCGGUUUGUGCGCUCCACGGAUAAUUCGAUCAUACGCAAUCCGGUGAGCAUGAUUUUAAGACUCUUUAGGAAAGACUUAAAGAAUUAAAUCUAACUUCCUUUUCUCAGGUUCGCGCGACCUUUCUUUUUUCAUUCGUCUAUAGUUUAGCCCAAAUUUUUUUGUUAUUCCAAAGGCGCGCGCAUCAAAGAAAAGGGUACUGUAGCUGGGAGCUGGCGCAGUAUAGACUAUAUUUAAUAUUAUUUGACUUUGAAACUGUUUGAAAUUCAAUUUUUCUAUCGUUUUUUUUUUCUAGAGUCCGCUACACACGAUGGACGAGCACCUGGGCCAAGUGCGGUGCGUACAAUUUUGCAACUUCCGGGACGGAAUCCUGGCGACCGGCGGCGGCACAGGAGACGGGACCGUCCGUCUCUGGGACGUCAAGCGGAAUUUCCAGCAGCUCAAGGAGAUUUCGAUUUGCGCGAGCGGCGGCGUCGGCGGAAUCGUUUUCAACCGCGCCUACAGCGAGAUGCUCACCGCCAGCGACGACGGCCUUCUGCGAAUCUGCCGUUUCAACGCCAGCUAUAAGAUUUCGCACGAGAUUCGUGGUACGUCUAAAAAGAGAUUGAGAAAAAAGAUGAACCAGAAGUUGGCUGAAAACUUCCAAAGGAAAUCCACAGUAUACAGAGCUUUUUUGCGCGAUUCGCUACAGAACCUGCAAGUUUUUGCACUUUCAUUUGACGACUUGUUGUCUAAGAUAUAGCUGACUCACGGCUUGUUUGAACCAUCGAAAAAAGGGUCCUGAGACGAUGAUAAAAGAGAGAGUGUCUGGACGGUGGAGAGCGCAGACAGGCCACGUCCCUUUUUGUCUCAAGCUGGCCGUGAAUCGGAUAUAUCUUGAGAAGUCGUUUUAGUGAAACCUUCGAAAUUUCGCAGAUUUUUUUUACAUAUCAUUCCUGAAGGUCUGGAUGAAAGGGAGUAUUCAUUACACUCAGACUUGAAUAUAUCAAUUUUCUAUGUUCUAAAAUAAUAAAAAAGACAUCUUAGGCGCUAGAGUGAUCCCUAGAUGAGUUAGAGAAAAAAUAGCCCCUUAAGUGGACAUAAUAGUGCUCCCUAGAGGUAAAAAAAAGAUAUAUACAAAAAAUUUAAUGCUCUGAAAAUUGACCACAAUGUUUGUUUAUUAGAAGUAGUUUUUGACUUUUUAAGAGUAAAAAAAAACCCAAUUUCCAAAGAAGUAAAGCUUGAAGAAUAUAUUUUCCCACAUUGGUUCCCCAAAAAGCGUGCUUUGAAGCUUGAUCUCCGUGAAAACAGAAUUUUUCCACAUUCAGAUGAGACAUUAUCUCAUCGGGUCAAUUUUUUUCGAGUGUCCUUUUUGCCGUUGCGGAAAAAAAAUUAUUCUUAAUUUUUUUAAUGUUUUUGUUAGGAUCUUUUCAUGAAUUUCUCAAUCACUUUUUUUACAAAACUUUUCGAUUCGUUUUUCCAUAACUUUUAAAACUAAUGUAGUCCGUUUUCUGCGACUUGAUAGAACUUCUCUGCUCGUCUCUCGGCGACCCUCUUAUUUUGAAGUGCUCUUUUUCAUGUAUCUCUGACCUCGUAGAAGAGGGAACAGAGAGACGCAGACACUCGGAAAAUGUCGAGUUGUUGUGGAUGGACUAUAUUUCCAGUGAAAACAUUGAAUAUAUUCACAGAUUCAUAUUGAACAUCUCUAUGAAUCUGUUCAUUUUUUUUUCAUGUAAACUCUGAAAAUCAUAUAUUCAGUUGAAGAAUAAGAAGACCCAUCGUGAGUUCGAUAACUGUCUUCUUGAAAAUAUAAAUAAAGUCUGAGAAAUAUGUAGACCAAUUUUGCGAUCUAUUAUUGAUAUCCAACUUGUCAGCCUCGGCGGAAGCGUUGAUGGACUGUGUGGCGUCGCCAAACGACGAGAUCCUGACGACGGACAUGGAGGAGACCCUCAAAGUCUAUCGUCUUUUCCAGGUUUGUCCGAUUUCCUAGAGCGUUUCUUUCAACUUGCGCCGGGAUUCUGUCUCUUAUUUUUGCAUUUUGAGUGGGAAGGGCCUUUUUAAAAUGCGUAUUCUCCUGUUUCAUGGUACCUCCUGGCUCACUUUUAAAACCUCUGUGCAAGUUUUUUUGAAGUAACAUUUUUUUAAAUGAAAAUGGGAUAUGGUUGAGUUUUGUGGGUAAAAAUUUUUUUAAAUCUAAGCAUCAUAUAAGAAAAGAUGCUAAAAACGAUUUUUUUCAGCUUAUAUAAAUACGAAAAAAAGACGAAAAAAAGGAAAAACACCCUGUGCCCGUCUGAGGAAGUUUGAAUAUUGCCACAUUUUUUGGAUUCCAGGUCGACAAGAGCACGAACAUUUUGGACCGCAUGCAACCCAGAAACGUCGGCUUCAAUGUCCGCUAA